AUGCUUGAUGCUUUCGUUGAAGGAAUUGAGGCAAGAUUCACGCAGGACACCGUCGUUCUCACAUCUGCGAUAAUGAACAUUCUGCGCCUCACUGCCAAUUACGAAGAGAUAGACGUUGUCACUAAGUAUUUUGACGUGGAGUCUGACAGCUUGUGGGCUGAGCUCCUCUUACUGAAGGCACAGGUUAGCACAGAGCACAUAAAGCUCGCGCGUUCGGUGUGGACGGCAGCACUGCUGUCGACUGUGGUGGUCCUGUGCAUUUCCUGGGUGGUCAAGAGAAGGCACCAGCAGCGCCUAUUCCGAAGGUACGGGAUUCCUGGACCCGUGCCUAGCAUUCUAUUUGGAAACUGGAAGCAGCUGAAGGAAGAUAGGCUCAAGGUCAUGGACGAUUGGAUCCAGGAAUACGGCAAGGUGUUCGGCUUCUAUGAGGGCGAGCUUCCAAAAGUCGUCAUCAGUGACCUCGACAUGAUCAAGGAAUGCUUCGUCAAGGAGGCGCACAUGUUCCGCGACCGGAUGCCCUUAAUCAUCGAAGUGGAGCCCAUUAAGAGCAGUCUACUCGCUCUUAGAGGUGACGAGUGGAAGAGAGUGCGCUCGGUGCUCAAUCCAACCUUCAGCAGCGCCAAGAUGAAGCUGAUGUCGCAGGUUAUGAACGCUUGUGGCAACACGCUGGUCGAGGUGAUGUCGGAGAGGCUGGCCGUGGGUCAAGACACCAUCGACGUAACUAAAACCUCUCAGGCACUUUCCAUGGAUGUCAUCACCAAGUGCGCUCUCGCUUGGCAGGUGGACUGCCAGAGAAAUGUCGAUGACCCUACGCUCAGGCUUCUGCAGAGAAUUUUCCUCGAAGUGGACCAACGUAUGAUGGCUUCCGCAGUCGCCAUUCCGAUCCUCCGAAAGAUCUACGCUUGGAUCUUUCCUCUGAUCACCUAUGGGAAGAUGUUACUCCAAAUUGCGGACAACCUCCGCAAUGUCAUCGCUGUGCGAUCGGCGGAAAGGGAAGGGAAGCAAGGAAGCUCCGUGGACAUCAUCCAGCUGAUGCUCGAUUCCAGAAUCGAGGCUGCUCAUCAAGGGAGCGACAAAGUAGAAAUCACGGACAGACACCUAGUGGCAAACUGCUUCGUUUUCCUCGCCGGAGGCUUCGAGACAACUGCUACGACACUCGCCUUUCUCCUAUACGAGCUGGCCCGACAUCCUGAAGAGCAGGACAAUCUGUACCAGGAGGUCAAGUCUCAGCUGACGGAGAGCUCGGUUCACCUCGGUUACGACGACGUGCAAAAGCUCAAGCGAAUGGAUGCGGUGAUCAGCGAGUGCCUUCGGCUCUAUCCUCCUAUCGUCCUAUUCACCGCCAGGGUGUGCGCAAGGGACACACCGAUCGCAGGUUACACUAUGCCCGCUGGUGCACAUGUCAUUCUGCCCACGUGGCACGUUCACCACAAUCCAAACAUAUGGCCCGAGCCACACAAGUUUAUUCCGGAUCGAUUCCUUUCAGACUCCGGACAAGAAGAACGAAGACACGCGGCGGCCUACGUGCCGUUCGGUUUGGGACCUCGCGAGUGCAUAGGGCGCCGGUUCGCCUUGCUAGAGUUGAAGACAGUGCUCGCCAAGUUGGUAAGGACGUACGUUUUCAGCGUGUGCGACGAUGCCGACGACCCGAUCAAACUGACCGUACCGACGGUCACUCUGAAUCCUGUGCGGAACAUCAAGCUUCGAGUGACGCGAAGGAGCUCCUGAAACGCACUUCGUUGUUUUCUCGUGGCUUUUGCUUACGUCACGAGAGCUUUAAGUUCAGCCCUUGUUUCUUCAUUAAUUUCGCAGUCUAUUUACAUGAGGCUACGCGUACGUGGUCUAUUCAAAUACAUGUUGUACAGGAUGCACACAUAUUUCCAGAGUGCAUGCCUUUGCAAAUUUGCUCCUGAUAGAAACAUAUAUGGCAGGUGAGCAAAGACUUAUAGAUAUCAAUAUACUUAUCUAAUUAUUUCUGUGGAAGUUCGCACAAUAGGAGGAAGUUGCACAAGAAAUGCAAGUUCGCAUCAACUUUUAAGCACCGCGAAGGUACAACAAACCGAUUAUCGAAUAUAAAAAAAAUAUAUUCUGGUGUUCGGAAAUUGAAAUUCGCGCCACCAUCUUUCCUAAGAAGCCGCUCCACUAAUCGAGCUUAACGCAAGGCUAGCAGAUGCGUCUUUUCUGCGCAGAGCUUUCGUGUGAACACUAGCUUUUUAUUAAUAACAAUUGACCAAGAGAUAUCCGUUCCCAUUCGCUUUCUUAUCAAUUAAAACGACGUCAUGAAGGUGAGAUGUCUUGACAUUGAUAGCAAUGGACUUCUAAAAAACGCACGAGCUCAUUUGACGAACGAAGUCUACUCAAACGGUAAACUUGUACACACAUCGGCAAUGAACAUCGGCACGUUGCUCCAUUCCAGGUAGCAACCAUUCCAACCAAACUAUCUGCGCUAUCCCCGACCAGAUAUAUAGUAGCUACUCGUAGUAAUGCCGUUGUGAACGGAUGCACCUAAUUAGCUUCUUCCGCUAGCGAGCAAGAUUACAGUGUCCCAGUGGAACUUGAAAGAGUUCUCCAAUUUCCCCCUCUAUGAACACUCAACCUCGAUCUUUAUGCCGCUUAGCCUACCAUGAACUGAAUAUAUAUUCUGUGCCACCUGUGGCUCACGGUGAAAUUUGUUGGAAUUUAUUAUCUUGACUUUCAGACGGUUUCUUAUCAUAUCACCACGUUUCCAAGGGACAGCCAAUUUUAAGCUGAUGUACGCGACGGGCACGCAAGCGUGAGCACAUCACAAAGCGGCGCUUUUAUGACCACACCACAAAAGGGGCCCCGCCACACAGUCAAUCCGUCAAGUCGGCGUUUUCAGUUUAGUCAUUCAUCACUGCUUCACAAGGGCGGGAAGCAAUGUAGAAGACGCCUACUCCUGCUCCGCGCUAAUGGAGACGAACGCUAAGAAAAGCCCCUGUAGGCGGUUUAAGCAGACCACCUACGUGCACAUGCUAGUACCGAUCAGCUGGACCAGCGCCUGCUUCUCGUAUAGUUUUCCAUCAUGACAGCUAUUCUCCGCGCGUUGUCUCAAGCAUCGGAGUUUUCCGAGGUCAAGGCUUUUCUGCCAUUCCCACCGUUGCUUCCGUCUGCGCAACAAAUUCAUUGCUCAGGCGUGGAAAAUACCUGAUAGCUAUGGCAAUGCUUUACUUUUCCGAUGGACGGCGACCGGAUUGCGCUCGAUGUGCGCCAGUUUUCGGCAGUUUAUUGCAGGUGCUGCCGGUGCAAUUUGAGUUCGCAAAUUUGGCAGAGCAG